GGAAGGGGAAAGGUCCGCUUUAGCCCAGCGGGGGGGGAAAAAGAGAUGGGGAAAAUAGAAAACGUGUAGGAUGACAUGAGACAGAAGAGGGAAAGCAGGCAAGGGCAGAGUGGGGAACAGCAGUAAAGGACAAGGAGCGGGGCAAAAGGGACUUACAGAUGGUGCGUAGUGGGGGGUUCCUCCUGUACCCCCCAGGUACAGGCAGGCGAACGGAUGUGCGGAGCACUGGGGCAAGGGAAAGAGCAAGGCUAUGUGCAGAAAGAGCAGCGAGAUCGAAUCUUUGCAGAAGAAUGGGGGGGAUAGUCUUUAGUGCAAGGUUUGUGGGUGACUGGGGGCAGGGAAUUCGGGCCAUCACCUCCACUCAGCCCGAGGUUCAGGGCGCAGAUCCCGGGCUACAGCCACCCGCUGGCGAACCGCGGAGGGGCGGGGAAAGAACAUUCGACGCCUGCGAUUGGCCGCCGCUCCACGGCCGCUGACGCGAGCGGGCGGGCCCCUUUGUGACGUCACAAUCAGCUGUUGGAGCGUUCGGAUUUGUGCCGUGAGCCCCGGCGCAGCGGCCGCAGCAGCUCUGGGCAUCCGACUGAGAGCCCCGCCGCCUCCCGGCCAGUCCCGGGUAUGUGGUCCCGGCUGUGAGCACCGGCGCCCCGGGGACGCCCGGCCGCACAACUACCUCAGCGCACCGGUUGCCGGAGCCGCCCCAGGUUUUUGCACUGCCAUAGGGCGCCCCCUUGAGGUUGCUUUACCCGCUGACCAUGUUCCAGCGCUUUACCAGCCUUUUCUUCAGCACUCCUUCGCCUCCUGAAGACUCCAACUGUCCUGGGGCCUUCGUCUCAGAGGAGGAUGAAGUGGAUGGCUGGCUCAUCAUUGACCUGCAGGACAGCUACACAGCUCCCCCAAAUCCUGGGGCCUCUCCUGCUCCCGCAGGCCGCCCUCCACCCGCACCUUCCUUGAUGGACGAGAGCUGGUUUGUUACCCCUCCCGCCUGUUUUACUGCAGAGGGGCCCGGUCUUGGGCCGGCCCGCCUCCAGAGCAACCCCCUGGAGGACCUCCUCAUUGAGCAUCCCAGCAUGUCCGUUUAUGUCACCGGCAGCACCAUAGUGCUGGAGUCUGGGCCACCUUCCCCUCACCCUGACGCUGCCUUGCCUGACCAGGACCUCAGCGAUGGAGAGUUGGCGCCUGCCCGCCGGGAGCCCAGGGCCCUGCACCACGCAGCUGCUGCUAUGCCGGGGCGAGCUGUGCUGCUGGAAAAGGCCGGUCAGGUGCGGAGGCUGCAGAGAGCCCGGCAGCGGGCAGAGCGCCACGCCUUGAAUGCUAAAGUGCUACAGCGGCAGAACCGCACUCGGGAGAGUCGCUCGCGCCGGCCCAAGCACCAGGGCAGCUUCAUUUACCAGCCGUGCCAGCGCCAGUUCAACUACUGAGCGCACCCUGUUGCACCUCGAAUCCCGCGCAGUUUCCCGGUCCCAUCUGCCUCUUCGGCAGCAGCCAGUGUGCUGCUCAAGGGGUGUCCAGGGUCCGCCUGCCUCCAUCUGGAUACCACAAGCUCCCUCCUUCCUAAGUGUUUGAGGUGGGAUGAUGGCCCUCUACUCCCUGACUUCUCAGUUUCUGAACUAAUUCACCUUCUAGUCUCUUUCAUCCCAGGUCACUCUCCCCAUCUGUUUCGGAUUCUUCACCGUCACACUCCCACUCCUACUCUGCCAUGCUUCCUUUUCAGACCCCUGUGCUUGUCUCUCUCCUCUUCACUUUGGUCCUCCUAGCGCACCCGAUUUCUAAGAGCCUCUCCCACUGACCAAAGUGGCGCAUUCUCCACUUUGAGCUCCUCCUUUCCAAGACUUGAUCUUUUCCCUUAGGAAUUGCUCCCACUCCCCUUCCCUUUUUCCUUCCUGCCAAUUCCCUCCCAAUCCUGACCAGGUACAACCUGCCAGGCCUGGGCCAUUGUUCUUACCCUGUAGGCAGGUGUCAGAUACAGGGUUUUGAUUUUAUUCCCCCCAACCUGCCCUGGGGGCUGAGCUCCUUGGAGCUGCUUAGGCCUAGAAAGUUUAAGUAUGUGGAGGAGGACAGUGAGUUGUAAGUUAGAUAAGGUGAAGGGAAUAGAGGGAAACAGGCAGCCUAUUGGGAGGUGCAGACAGGGAUGGAUGGAAGGAGAAACAGUAGCGAGCAGGGCAUUGUGAGAGCAGGCACUGUGCUUGGUCAGAGGAGCUAAGCCCUGGUCUUAGGCUUGAGCCUGGAGCCUGCCCCCAUUUCCUUUUCCUAUAAUCCUGCCUUCCAGGAUUUUUCCUGAAAUCUGUCCCCUUCAGGAGCCCUUCCCUCCCCACUUCCCAGUGAGUCUGGAGUUCGAAGGGCUUGUACCUUGUCACCUUACCUUGACAUGCCACCCCAGGAGUAGAAGCUGGGUAAGGCCCUGACAUCCUGGCCAUCUUUGUUCAUAUGCCCAAGGUGCUAGAAUUAGCUUAGGAGAGACACAGGCCAGAGGCCUUCCAGGCAAGGAAAAGGGUACAUAUCCCAAGAAUGCAGAGGGAUGAUGCUGAAGGACACUAACUUUGGGGUAAAGUCAUCCCCAGACUGACAGCUCUGCCUUCACCUUGCCUCUGGCCUUAUAUUUCAUACUUUGCUCAAUAUAGCUGGCUAAUAAACACUCCUGGGUAGGAGGCCAGGAGCCUCAGUGUUCCAGUUCCCAAAUUUUUCUUACAGAAGUUCAGGGCCUUCAAGAGGCUUCUUAAUGUUUUCCCUCAGGGCUCUUCCUCUCUGGGUGCCCUGUGGUCUCUCUUCCCUUUCUAGUUAACUAUCUGGAGUUAAGGAAUUCUUGGGUAGAGCACAGGGAUGGGGUAGCCAGCUUCCCCCUUCUUGUGGUGGGGCUCAGACACCAGCAACAGCCUCUUGGGAUGCCCCCAAGUUGUUUCCAAUUCUUUCUAGCUGUCCUUUUUUAAGUGUGUGCUCUUCCUUCCUCAGAACUUUUAGAUUUCCUGUUACAUAUUAACACAGGUCUUCCCUUCACUUCAGCUCCAGGUUAUGGGCCUCAGACCCACACUGGGGUUGGAUAAAACUGCAUUCCUACGAGGGUUAAAGUAGCUGCCCUCUCUGAUGCUUUCUCACCAGGCUUCAUGUGGGGAUGGGAGAGGGUGUCCCCAGGAUGGGGACAGGAAGCUUGGACUCCUAGCCCAAGGAUAAGCCAAAUGCAAACUAUACGCAGAUCAAAACCUCACAACAGCUUAUUAGGGCCCUAGUAGUUGAUAACCUUGUUCCUGCCCCAAGUCCUUUACAACCUAGUACACUUACUCUUCCUGCUAUCUGAAGGUCACUUCCCAGCCAGCUUAGGAUCGUCAGCACUUCCAAGAGCUGUGACUCCCUCCAGCCCUUCUUGUCUAUUCCUCACUGCCAGAUAGGGCCUAGGCUCAGUCCUGGGCAAGUGCCCAUGAUCCUGCUGCUGUGGGAAGUUUGAUAGGGCAUUUGGCUCAACUUUCAAAAGGCCUCACCUCUGCCCUGUAUUUCUAGACGCUCCUGUAGUUCUAGAACCCUCCAAUCUCUCAUUUGACUGGUUGCAAGGCUUAUUUUUCUUUUGUACUUUCCUAUAGAUUCUGUAGCAUUUAUGUGGCAAUAUUUUAAUUGUGUAUAGAUUUCUUAAGAACCAACACUACUCAGUCUCCUGCUCGUCUGCCUCCUGAAGCAUCAGACCUUGUCAUACUGUAUUGACUGUGUAUGUGCCUUUCACCUUGAGCAUGCUUCAGGAUUUUUUUUUUUUUCUUAAACCACAGAACUUGAAUACACAAGGGAACCAGAAUUCACAAAGUCCUAUGCAACCCUAGACAGGAGGAGGUUAGAGAGUCUGUCUUGACUGAUGAUUUCAGAGACCCUAGAGAAAUUUGUACCAGUUUGUAUUAAUGUCAAUACUACCAGCACUUUGCCAAAACUAAGGAUGUCAGAGGGACCUGUUUCUAGAGUGAGUCCCGAUUACAUCAAAGGGCAACUUCCAGCUUUCUCCAAUAAGUCUGAGUGGUUCUCUUGAGCUGGUGUCACUUUCUAACCUUUGCCAGUCUAGCCCCAGCAGGGCACUGUGUGUGUGUGUGAGUGCAGUUUGGUGCUGUUCUGGAGUAUGCCUGCUCCCCAGCCUGGAACCCUCUGAUCAACUUGCUGUGACCUAUAAUGUCUUAGGUGCAACAAGGACCCUACCAGAGCUCCUGGGUGGCUUUCAAGAUCCAUGUAGCUUUGUGUGAGGGGACUGAAUGCAGACAAACCACAGCCUGCUCUAAUACCUUCUUGCCCUACCACCUAGUUCCAAAUGGAACCAACAAGUUGAGUGCAUCUCUGUUGGGUGUUUUGUGUUGAGACUGGCUGAAAUGAAAAAUCUUUUGACUGACCAUGUUGUGAUGUGUCGACAGACUCAAGGACACAACCACCUCGACCUGGUCAUGUGGCAUGCCUGUGUAUGUGUGUAACAGGAUUCUGAAUGUUAGAUUGUAAUGCUAUUCCUGUAUGGGAGAAAAAAUAAUAUAAACAAAUAAAAAUCUAUUUAAAGCA